AUCUGGCCUCCUGGCUCCUCCACAAAAUUAGAGUAAUACUUCCAACGACAACCUAAUUACCUAAUCCUCCCAAAAAAAAAGAAAAUGAUGUGCCACACUUAUUGCCGUCCUCCCUCCGUCUUUUGAUUCCAUUGCCGUCAUUCACUAUUGAAUUCCUCGCCCACAAAAAUCCCUGUUUGUCAUUUACUUCCCCCAGCCCCACUCCAUAAAAAUGAAGCACCAUAAACUGCUCUACCAUCAAUUCUCCUCCACAAUCUCACCGGCGUUUUAUCACCACCACCACAAUCAUGAUUCCAGCAACCGUCAUCUUCACCGCGGCCAUCGCCGCGAUCCUCCUCGCCGCGAUCUGGCGGUUCACCCGCCCGGCCAGCAAGAACCCGCCCCUCCCGCCCGGUCCGCCCGCCUUACCCAUACUGGGCAACCUCGCCUCCCUCGACCCGGAGCUCCACUCCUACUUCGGAUCCCUGGCCCGGAAAUACGGCCCAAUCCUCCGCCUCCAGCUGGGCCGCAAGCUCGGCAUCGUCGUCUCUUCCCCAACCGUGGCCCGCGAAAUCCUCAAGGACCAGGACGUCACCUUCGCCAAUCGUGACGUCCCCGACGUCGCACGCGCCGUCGCGUACGGCGGAUCCGACAUCGUGUGGACCCCGUACGGCGCCGAGUGGCGGAUGCUUCGGAAAGUCUGCGUGCUGAAGAUGCUCAGCAACACCACCCUCGAUUCCGUGUACGGGCUCCGCCGCCGCGAGCUCCGGCGGACGGUCGGGUACAUGGCGGGUCGGGCCGGCGGCUCGGUCAAUUUCGGGGAGCAGAUGUUCUUGACGGUGAUGAACGUGGUGACGAGCAUGAUGUGGGGAGGGACGGUGGAGGCAGGGGAGGAGAGGGAGCGGCUGGGGGCGGAGUUCCGGCGGCUGGUUUCGGUGAUUACGGAGCUGUUGGGUCAGCCCAAUUUGUCGGAUUUUUUCCCGGCCCUGUCGCGGUUCGACCUGCAGGGGCUGAACCGGAAGGUGAACGCCGCCGGGAUGAAUUUCGACCGGAUUUAUGAGGAGGUUAUCAAGAAGCGAGGGGAGAUGGAAAGGGAAGGGAAGGAAUCGUCUGGCGUGCCGGAUUUCUUGGAGUUUCUGUUGAAGCUGGUGAAGGAGGAAGGCGGCGAUGCUAAGACUCCUCUCACCAUGACCCAUGUCAAAGCUCUUCUUAUGGACAUGAUCGUGGGCGGCACAGACACAUCCGCCAACUCAAUCGAAUUCGCAAUGGCGGAAGUCAUCAACAACCCACGAGUCCUCGAGAGGGCACAGCAAGAGCUGGACGAAGUGGUCGGGAGGGACAACAUAGUGGAAGAAUCCCACAUCCACAAGCUUCCAUACCUGAACUGCGUCAUGAAAGAAUCACUCAGACUCCACCCGGCCCUCCCGCUGCUCGUCCCUCACUGCCCGAGCGAGGACACCGUGGUGGCGGGCUACUCGGUCCCUAAGGGAUCGCGAAUCUUCGUGAAUGUCUGGGCGAUCCACAGGGAUCCUUCCAUCUGGGAGGAUCCCCUGGAGUUCAAGCCAGAGAGGUUCUUGGACGAGUCGAGAUGGGACUACAGCGGGAAUGAUUUGAGCUACUUCCCGUUCGGGUCUGGGAGGAGGAUAUGUGCUGGGAUCGCGAUGGCGGAGAGGAUGUUCCUGUUUUCGCUCGCCACGUUCUUGCAUUCCUUCGACUGGAAGAUGCCCGAGGGGAAGAAGAGCGUGGAUCUCACGGAGAAGUUCGGGAUCGUGCUGAAGCUGAAGUCGCCUCUCGUUGCGAUUCCUGUGCCGAGGCUGCCGAACCCGUCGCAGUAUGAGUGAUGAUGAUUGAUGCACGGUAGAGGUAGCUGAGGCCUAAGGGUGCUUUUGGUUAAGAAAUGAAACACAAAGGAGAACUCGUUUCUAAUGUUGUUUUGAGUUUGUUACCCAUAAUUUAAGGCUCAUCGCUUUUGAGCUCAAAUUCUAUAACUGUUUUUUUUUUCCUUUUUCAUAUACCUUUUAAUUAAGUAAUGAUUCUUCUUACCAAGAAAAUAAUAAUAAGUAAUGAUUCUAGAUAAUAGAUAAAAUUCUCAUCUUAUGUUUUCUAAUUAAAACUCAAGUAUACAAGUACUUAAGCUUGCGGAUUUCUUUUUUCCAUGUCUCCUCACGGGUGAUUGCCACGUCAUAUUUUCCAUCUCUUCCUUAAGAGGUUGAUGUCUUUAUUACAUCAGCUCCCGCUCUUCAUGAAGGUUGUUGUCAUCUUGUGGAGGAUUUGGCGGUCUCGGAACUGGGUUGUCUUUGAGGGCAAACAGUUUGGGAUCCCCUCCUUGAUGCGUCAAUUUAACCAGCAGUAUGAGGAGUGGAUAGCCUGUCGAUCUUGUCCUGCAACCCCUAGCCCCGUUGAUUGUUAACCAGUUAACCAUCAACUCUUCUACGGCUAUCUGUAGGUGGGAUGGGGGUGACCAAGAGUGGAUCUCACUCGGCGGGAGGGAUAGUUAUCAUGGAUGCAAAUGGAGACCUCGUUCUGGCCAAAAGGAUCCAGUUUUCGCUAAUUGAUGCGCCCUUGGUGGUCGAGCUCCUGGUGCUGCGGGAGGCUAUUUUGUGAUGCCAGAGCUGGGUUUUCCAGAAAAUGAGAUUUGAAGGCGAUGCCAAGAUCAUUAUUGAGAAAAUCAACCGGGCAUAUACGAGGGACAACCAGAUGGGGGCAAUUUUGUAGGAAGUAGUACAUUAUUUAGCUGCCCAUGCUGGGUUUAGUGUGCGAUUUGUAGGUUGGCGUAACAAUAGUGUAACUCACUUGGUGGCUAGAAAGGCCCUGUCUUUGUACCCGGUUACGAGUCGGUUUUUUAAUUUCCAGACCUGGCUGAUUUCCAGGAUGUAACUCUCUUUGUUGAAUUAAUAUGAUUAUCUUUUGUAAAAAAAAAAAAAAAAUUGCACUAAGCUACACCAACAAUUACCCAAUUAGAGACAAGGAUGUUGGACCUAAAUGAGUAGCCCAACAAAUGGGCUAAAUCCGAACAAGAUGGGCUCAUUUUGGACCUAAAUAGAGUCCCACUCAUAUGGACAAAAAAAUAAGCUAACAUAUUGCGUCAAACUUUGCAUAGCCUAGCGUAAAGCUCCUUCCUAUUUCUAGUCCUCUUGGUUAUACGUACUAAUGGAGACGAGGGAUUACGUGCAGUUCUUGGGAAGCACUAAUAAGACGACGAAAAAGAUGUUUGUCAAACUCAUAAUGAUGUUCCUAAUUCUAUGAAUGCUCGUGUAGUGUUCCUAAUUAGGUCCGUAAAGAGAUGAGUUUAUGCUCGUGUAGUGUUCCUAAUUAGGUCCGAAAAAGAUGUUUGUCAAACUCAUAAUGAUGUUCCUGAUUUCAGAGGGAAGCUUACUUGAACACUCAAAUUUCAGAUGCAAGAUAAUCAUCAUCACGUUAGGCUAAGUACUGUAUACUAAUCAGAGCACUUCUAUUAUGCUAUAUAGCAUUGGUGCUUUAAUGUACAACUCAAAGUUGUACCAUAACAUUAAAUGUAUAAGUUUAGG